CACACAGGAGGAGGACCGGAGAGGAAGAAGCAGCUCAGGCAGAAGCUGAUUAGAGCACUCAGCAGACACAGGUGGUGGUCGGCGGUAUCAGCCCGGAGAACCGUAGACAGAACCAACCAUGAAGAACGAAGGUAUAGAGGGAACCGAGAGGUUCCUGAGCCCGGACAGAGGCAGAGGCCUGCGGGCGGUGCGGCACUUCGCGGUGGGGGAGCUGGUGUUCGCCUGUCCGUCUUACUCCUACGUGUUGACAGUGAAUGAGAGAGGGGCGCACUGUGAGAACUGCUUCACCAGGAGAGAAGACCUUUUUAAGUGUGGCAAAUGUAAGCAAGCCUACUACUGCAAUGUCGACUGUCAGAGAGGCGAUUGGCCUAUGCAUAAGCUGGAGUGUGUGGCUAUGUGUGCCUAUGGGGAAAACUGGUGUCCAUCAGAGACUGUCAGACUGGUCGCUAGGCUCAUCAUGAAACAGAGAGUCACAACAGAGCGCACCCCUUCAGAAAGGCUGCUACUGCUCAAAGAGUUUGAAUCCCAUUUAGAUAAGAUGGACAGCGAGAAGGAGGAGAUGAACCAGACAGACAUAGCAGCACUGCACCACUUCUACUCCAAACACAUCAGUGACCUCCCUGACGAGCAGGCUCUCACUGAGCUCUUUGCACAGGUUAACUGUAAUGGUUUUACCAUAGAGGAUGAAGAGCUCUCCCAUCUGGGAUCAGCUGUUUUUCCUGAUGUAGCACUAAUGAAUCACAGCUGUAGUCCUAAUGUCAUAGUGACCUAUAAAGGCACAGUGGCUGAGGUCAGAGCUGUCCAAGAGAUAAACCCUGGAGACGAGAUCUUUAACAGUUACAUAGACCUGCUCUAUCCAACAGAGGACAGGAGAGAGAGGUUGUUAGAUUCCUACUUCUUCACAUGCCAGUGUACUGAGUGCACCUCCAAGUCUAAGGAUAAAGAAAAAAUGGAGAUCAGGAAGCUGAAUUCUCCGCCAGAGCCAGAGGAAAUCCGAUCCAUGGUCCGUUACGCCAAAAAUGUCAUUGAGGAGUUUAGGAGAGCCAAACACUACAAGACCCCUAGUGAGCUGCUGGAGAUGUGUGAGCUUAGUCUGGAGAAGAUGGGAGCCAUAUUUGCAGACACCAACGUCUACAUGCUGCAUAUGAUGUAUCAGGCCAUGGGAGUCUGUCUCUACAUGCAGGACUGGGACGGAGCUAUGAGCUACGGAGAGAAGAUCAUUCACCCAUACAGUGUUCACUACCCAGCCUACUCUCUAAAUGUGGCGUCCAUGUAUCUGAAACUGGGACGUCUGUAUUUGGGCCUGGAGAAGAAGACACAAGGAGUCAAAGCUCUGAAGAAGGCACUUGCAAUCAUGGAGGUGGCUCAUGGGAAAGAUCACCAUUAUGUAGCAGAAGUCAAACGAGAGAUCGAGGAGCAGAAGUAAAUGAGGAGGAGCAAACAGAUUACAGAGAGGCACUGGAGUGAGGAACCUCUCUUAAAGCAACAAAAUUCACAGCUGCAUGUCGUGCAUCUUAUACCUCUCCAUUUUCCGCCGCCCACUCUUUCUUUCCCAUCCCUGUCUUUAGACAGGGUCUUUUCUUUUCUUUUUUUACUUGUCUACCGUCAACAAAUUUUGGCUGAGGAUGACCAUGUUUUGUAUCUGCAGCUACUUCAGUUAGAAACAAAUGACAAAUUAAGUUUUAAAUGGUUGGAGUGAAAAAAUCCUCUGAAACACUCUCAGUUCUAACCUUGAACCUCAUUUGAAAAUGUUGAUUUAUUUGUGCUGAAGCUCAUUAAACCCAUUCAACAACCAUACUGUCAUUCAAAGAAGGGGAUUACAUCAGUGGAAAAAAAAACUUUAAUGCUGCCUUUCAGACGAAACAAAGCUUUCGUGUGACGGCUUCAUUUUCUGAUGUGAAUAUCCGCCCCUGUUUUUCUUGAGUCUUUCUUGAAAUUGCUCACCAUGUUUUGUAGACCCAUUAACAGACAGUGUUUCCACCCUGUUUAUGUCUUUGGCAGCAGUUUUAGCUGCACAGCUUUGCUCCAGAGCAGUCGUUCAGUGACUUGAACUUCUGUACAAACUGGUGAGUAGUUCUUAUGGUGGGCAUUACUACUUAUUUACAGCCGAUGCAUUUUAAUUCUAUCAAAUAUUCAGCAACAGAGUUUCUUUAAACUGUGAAAAAAAAUGAUGAUUGACCAUGCAACAGAGAAGAGAAUGCAAAGAACUAUUCCUGAAUGAAUAACUAGUGUUUUGGAUUAGCUCGUUUUACAGUAUGUUUUGCUUGUUUUUAAAGAACUGGAAAAAGUGUUGCAUGUUUUAUUGUUUGUGUUGUGUCUUUUGUUUAGUUUUUCAUUCGAGGCUUGUUGACCAAAAGGCCCACGGGUUUAACUGACAAGGAACCAGCUAUAAUUCUCUAUUCACAGUGUAUCCUUAAACAGGGGUGCUGAUCUGAGACCAGUUUGCCUCUUUAGUCAAAGUGAAGACAUUGGUUCUAUGACAUAACCAACGAUCCUGGAUCAGAGCCCCUCUUGCUCUCAGGAAAAAAGGCGCAACACUGUAGCUUUUGUUGCCUUUUGUCAAGAGAUACAUUAUUGUACUUUUUUUUUUAUUUUUUUUUUUUUUAAGUGAUUUCUUUGAAGCAUCAUGAAUCCAGAUCGUCAUUACCCUGGGAAUUAAAUCACGUUAGCAGCAGUGGGUAUGCAACCAUACAGUAACUUGGUAUGAUUCAACUUUUACAUACAAGUGAUGAAGAUAACAAAUAUUAUCCUCUCCACACACUUUUAAUUUUAUAGUCAACAAGAAUUAAUGAAAUAUUUUUUAAAAGGGUUUAGUUCAUUUUUACAGACUAUUAAGCUAAACAGAAACUAACCAUAAUAUGUAACAAAUUGUACCAACAUGGAAACUUGACGUCAGUAUUACCUUGAGCAGGACUGGGUAUUCAAAACUCAUAAAAUGUGUCUCAGUGAUACAUUAGGUUGUGUUGACUGCAUGGUUGGUGAUAAGUGAUGGAAUGUUACCUGUGUGUGAUUUAAAUGACCCUGAAAUCAUGAGUAUGAGGAGGAGCAGUUGCAGGUUGUAAAACUAGUUUUUUCUCUGCUGAAGACUAAAUUAUUAUGUAGAAAGACCACGUUAAAGGUGACUGAACUUGUUGUCUGUUGUUGCUCUUUUCAAUCUUAAGAGUAAGCAUGCAGUGUAUGAACGAAGCUUUAGAAAGUGGAAAGUUAAGGAAAUGCAAAUAUCAUCACCUGGGCCUUAUUUAAGGAUUCUUGUUGCACUAAGACUUUGUACAUUUUUGUGACAAAAUGAUGUCAAAAUGGCAAACUUGUAAGCACAUUUUGUUUCAUUUUUAUCAGUUUAUGUUAGUGGACAGUUGGCAUAACCUCGCAUCGCCAGUGGAACUAAAGUUACAGAUAUAAUUCCUUUAGUUCCUGUAGCUUCUCCCUCUUUCACUAUGAAUGCAAUUUUAUGCACCACAUAAAUGUGGGUUACUGAGGGUUUGAAAUAGCCUGUUGAGUCGCCUGUGGUCAUAUUUGUAGCAACUCCUGCAUAGGUGACUCUUUUUAUCACCUGCAAAAAUGCAUCUAGAAGGUGCCUGCCUUACAGCUUUGCAUAGGUAAUCCAAAAGCAACAAUCAGCAACUCUCUUCCACAUAUUUAUUUUUGUGUAUGUAUGUUUUUACAAAGGAAGGACACAAUGAAAAGAGGGUUUGAAGUCUGGUUUGCACAAGCUAAAAAUCAUUAAACCCUCUCUUUGCCAGAUUUGAGCACUUUAUGUGAUUUCUGUCUGGACUCUAAGAACAUGCAUAUGAUUUGUUUUCUUUUUCUGUGAUCUCAUGAAAGAUAAAGCCUGUGGCAGAAGGGUUAAAACAGAUAAAUCCAUAUUCAUGCUGCACGUAUAAAAACAGAUGAAAGGUCACCCAGAUGUUUUCUGCCAUUUCUGUAAUUAACUUUUUUUGUUAGGCAUGAAUGUUAUUUUAUUGGAAUGCAAAACUAAAAUCUGAGCCUCUGAUUCUUUCUGUAACGUCAGUGGAACUCAAUAAAUGACAGUAUGACACUU